UUCCCGCCCAGACGGACAGACUGACAGACUCUCCCGGAGCGGCUCUUCUCGGUAUUUACCUCAGAACUCCCCUCAGAGUCCCGGUGUCCCGGUCAGGAUGUCCUACUCCAGAGUUUUACCGGCUCUCGCCCGCCUGAAGCCCGACAGGCUGAUCCGUAUGAGACGGUCCCGCUCGACGGUGGCCUCGAGCCGAGCCCAGGAGAAGAACGAGGAGGCGCAGCUGGAGCCCGGGUGCACGCUCGUGGAGAAGCCGUGCGAUGUGGACCUGAUAGCCGCCCACCCGGACAGGACCACCAAGAUCUGCGUGGACUUCGACAACACGCGCGAGGCGUACAAGAGCAAAGACACGCUGGAGCUGCUCCGCAGCCUGCUGGUCUUCAGGCUCUGCGCCUUCGACUUUCUCGUCGACAGGAACAAGGAGCUGCUGGACCUGAGUAAGAAGGUCCUGGGUCAGAGCGCGUUCGAGAAGCUGAUGAAGAUGACGUUCUACGGGCAGUUUGUGGCGGGAGAAGAUCAGGACUCCAUUAAGCCCCUGAUGGCAAAAAACCAGGCUUUCGGCGUCGGCUCGGUUCUGGACUACAGCGUGGAGGAAGACCUCACGCAGGAGGAGGCGGAGAAAAAGGAGAUGGACUCCUGCUUAUCAGAGGCUGAAAAGGAAAGUCAUGGUAUUGAUCACCGUGAGAAGAAGUACAAAGCACACCGGCAGUUCGGGGACCGGCGAGGGGGCGUGAUCAGCGCACGCACAUAUUUCUACGCCGACGAGGCCAAAUGUGACUGUCACAUGGAGACCUUCAUCAAAUGCAUCAAGGCGUCCGCCGGCAGCUCAGUGGACGGAUUCUCAGCCAUUAAGAUGACUGCUUUGGGUCGGCCUCAGUUCCUGCUGCAGUUCUCAGAGGUGCUGGUGAAAUGGAGAAGGUUUUUCAACCUGCUUGCCGCGCAGCAGGGGAAGGACGGCAUGGCUGUGCUGGAGCAGAAACUCGAGUUAGAGCAGCUUCAGGACAGUUUGGCCAAACUGGGCGUGGGAGCCAAGCAGGACAUUGAGAACUGGUUCACUGGAGAGAAACUGGGCUCGUCCGGGACUAUCGACUUGCUGGACUGGAACAGCCUCAUCAAUGACAGAACGAAGAUCUCCAACCUGCUUGUGGUGCCCAAUGUGGAGACGGGUCACCUGGAGCCUCUGUUGAGCCGAUUCACUGACGAAGAGGAGCGGCAGAUGAAGAGGAUGCUACAGCGGAUGGACGUUCUGGCCAAGCAUGCCGUUGAGAACGGCGUGAGGCUGAUGGUGGACGCCGAGCAGACGUAUUUCCAGCCAGCGAUCAGCAGACUGACCCUGGAGAUGCAGAGAAUCUUCAACAAACAAAAACCCAUCAUCUUCAACACUUAUCAGUGCUACCUGAAGGAGGCCUAUGAUAACGUGAGCGUGGACGUGGAGCUGUCCCGCCGCGAGAGCUGGUGCUUUGGGGCCAAGCUGGUCCGUGGGGCUUACAUGCACCAGGAGAGACAGAGAGCGGCCGAGAUCGGCUACGAGGAUCCCAUCAACCCCGACUACGAGUCCACCAACAGGAUGUACCACAGGUGUCUGGAAUAUAUCCUGGAGGAGAUCAACCACAACAGGAAGACUAACGUCAUGGUGGCAUCGCACAACGAGGACACUGUCAAAUUCACACUGGAAAAGAUGAAUGAGAUGGCACUCUCUCCCACGGAGAAUAAUGUCUGCUUCGGCCAGCUGUUGGGCAUGUGUGACCAGAUCAGCUUCCCUCUGGGUCAGGCUGGGUUCCCUGUGUACAAAUAUGUUCCGUACGGUCCAGUAAAUGAGGUUAUCCCAUACCUGUGUCGCCGGGCACAGGAGAACCGCGGCAUCAUGAAGGGCUCACAGAGAGAGCGCAGCCUGCUGUACAAGGAGCUCAAACGGCGCAUCUGCGAGGGACAGCUGCUCUACAAGCCAGCCUGCUGAAGAGCUGUUAUAGAUCUGCCUGCUACAUACCAGUCUUCUCUCACAGACUGCUCAACUGAGGAACUCCUGCAGAUCGGGUCUCCCAUUAUAGACCAGUCUACUAUAGACCCGUCUUCAAUUAUAGAUUUGCAACUAUAGCUGCUGUGUAGACAAGUCUACUAUAGACCAUUCUUUUGCAGACCUGUCUAUUAUAGACCUGUUUUCUAUUACAGACCUGCCUACUAUAGACCGUUCUUCUAUUGCAGACCUGUCUACUAUAGACCUCUCAUCUAUUAUAGACCUGUCAUCUAUUAUAGACCUGUCUACUAUAGACCGUUCUUCUAUUGCAGACCUGUCUACUAUAGACCUCUCAUCUAUUAUAGACCUGUCGUCUGUUAUAGACCUGUCUACUAUAGACCUGUCUACUAUAGACCAUUCUUCUAUUGCAGACCUGUCUACUAUAGACCGCUCAUGUAUUAUAGACCUGUCGUCUAUUAUGGACCUGUCUACUAUAGACCAUUCUUCUAUUGCAGACCUGUCUACUAUAGACCUCUCAUGUAUUAUAGACCUGUCGUCUAUUAUGGACCUGUCUACUAUAGACCAUUCUUCUAUUGCAGACCUGUCUACUAUAGACCUCUCAUCUACUAUAGACUUGUCUACUAUAGACCAUUCUUCUAGUGCAGACCUGUCUACUAUAGACCUCUCAUCUACUAUAGACUUGUCUACUAUAGACCUAUCUUCUAUUGCAGACCUGUCUACUAUAGACCUCUCAUCUAUUAUAGACCUGUCGUCUAUUAUGGACCUGUCUACUAUAGACCAUUCUUCUAUUGCAGACCUGUCUACUAUAGACCUGUCGUCUAUUAUGGACCUGUCUACUAUAGACCAUUCUUCUAUUGCAGACCUGUCUACUAUAGACCUCUCAUGUAUUAUAGACUUGUCUACUAUAGACCCAUCUUCUAUUGCAGACCUGUCUACUAUAGACCAGCGUUCUAUUGUGGACCUGUCUAUUAUAGACCUGUCUUCUGUUAUAGACCUGUCUACUAUAGACCAUUCUUCUAUUGUAGACCUCUCUACUGUAGACAAGUCCUCUGUUGAAGACCAGUCUGCUAUAGGCUAGUCUUGUAUUAUAGAAUGUAUUUGAGGUUUGCUUAUUAAUUACAAUUACAGCACAAGACAGUUGAAGGCCAGCUGUUGGAAUGAAAACCUAGAGCCACGUCCUUUGUAGCACAGCCAUGCUGUGCAGUCUUAAUGCUUUUUAUGGAACGUGGCUCCUGGCAGUCUCCUUGUGUCUGUUACUGUGGUCAAACUGUUCAUCACACGUGUGCAGACUGUAUUGAACACAGGGGGUAAAACACUCCACUGUAAACAUGAAGGUAGAGUGUUGGACAGCCAUGUAUUCAAGCUAACAGUGUUUCUACCUGAUUGCUCUGGGAGAAAUGAAUGAGUGAUUUGCAAAUCAACACUGGUACAGUUAAAGCCUGGGGCGCAGCUAUUAGAGCCUUUAAUGCAGCGUCCCAGCCCUGAAGGGUCAGUGCUGGGACAGUGCCUAACACGAGGCAGUUGAGGCUCAUCACUACUGUGCCUUAAAAACACAGACCUCAUUUUCUACCGGCCUUAAAUUGCCGUUUGAAAGCCAUAAGUAGCGCGAAACUGAUGCAGAGAUCAGCUUAAACUUAACUACUGAUUUUUAAAUGGUUCAGAUGUAAACAGAGUCAUUCAGAGUGGUUUGGUGUGAAACGCUCAGUUCUAGAGAAACUUACAGAGUCAGAACUGUUCACAGUGGUGGUGAUAGGAACCAGACGUCCACCUCUAAAAGCUCCAUCACAGAGAGUUAUUAAUACGCUUCCUGGUGGAGGGAUACAUGCAGAGUGUUGUGAGGCAAAGUAGUCCCCAAAGAAAACACAUCUUUUCAGAUUUAUGACUAUUUCACCAUCAUCUACAUUCCAUAUAAACUCAGAAGACUCGUGUAGGUUCACUGGUGGUUUUGGACAGUAAUUAAAAUGUCUUGUAGUCAUGGCGACCCCUGGUUCCUAUCACCACCACUGUAAAGACAUCUGAACCAUUUCACACCAAACCACUCUGAACGACUCUGCUUUCAUCUCAACCACUAAAUUUUAGACAUUUUGAAAAAUCCGUGCUUUUUUGUGCCUUUUCAGUCUCCAUACUUGACCUCUGAAGUGCUUAGAUUCAUACUGGAAUGUAGAGAAGCUAGAAAACCUACAUGCCUUCUCAACCAGCCGCUGAGCAUUUAGCGUUUUGUCUUAUUUUGCGUAUUUAUUUCUUUGGUCCUACUUAAGCCUUCCUGAUUUUACAUGCAGUGUUUUAGCAGCUGUUCGUUCUGUUAAAGUGUUUUAAUGGUCGAAUGACUAAACCUAAUGAUAUGUUACUGUAGUUAAUUUGAGAUUUCCUUGAUUGUGAAGCAAUAAUCAUUUAUGAUAAUUCAUUUUUUAGCUGCAUAUAGUUUCUUUUAAAAAGCAUGUAUUAGAAAAGUUUGUUUUUUUAAAUAAUGUUAAUGAAUACAAACAUUGUGGGGAAAGACGAGCAAAGGCGAGGACUUACAUUAAGACUUUAUUUUACUUUCUUUAUUUCAUUUUUUUGAUAUUUUAUUUCUCUGCUGUAGAUACUAAACUCUUUUUUCAGAAUAUUGAGUGUGAGAGAUGCUCAUUUCUAUGUACAGAGCUGUAUUUUGAUCAUUUGUGAUUAACUGUCAUGAAAUUGUUGUAAAAGGGUAUUUCUGUCUGUGUAAACUUAUUCUUAUAAAAUAAAUUAUAUAUAAAAAAGGU